GUCCACGUGAUUAUCGUAAUGUACAGAUUUGGGAAAUCCGAAGAACGUGUUAUGGCUGCGAAGAGUAAAAAUGAUGCCACUUAAUAGGGAAACGGGUGUUAACUGUAAAAAUGAUAAUCCCAUAAAUACUGUUACGGUUAGAAAAAGUGAAAAUGUCACAAUUACGCUUAAAACUGUUGUUAAUAUGUUCAAUAGAAAAUUGCCACUGAUUAAGACUAACAAGGAAAUUCAUCCAUUUCUGAGGAGAGUUGCUUGGGAGAAGAGAUUUUUAAAUGAGGAAAAGUUUAAUGACAAGGAUAAGGAAAAAAUUAUAUUGAAAGAAGAAGUUAAAGAAUUGCAAGAGCAAUGUAUGGUAUGGCAAAAUAAAUCAAAGACAAAUGAUGAUGAAUUACUGAAACUAAAACAUAAGAUAAAUAUGUUAGAAGAAGAACGUGAAAAAUUGCAAAAUAAAUUAAAACAAGUGGAAUUGGAUAUUAAUGAAUAUAAGAAAAGAAACAGUCAUUUCCAAGAAUUAAUAAAUUACCAGAAGGAAAUUAAUGCAAUGGGAUAUUGUAUAGAUUCACUUGUACAGGAAAUAAAUCAUUCAAGAAAUCCAAUAGGCAAUGCUACUAAAAUGAAGAAUAUAUUUAAGGAAGUGAACAAUGGACAUAGAAAUGUUUUUAUUUCUGGAAAACCAGGUUUUUUCAAAUCUGUGUUAUGUAUGAAGAUUGCAUACGAUGUUUGGACAAAUGAAAAUUCUUCAGAAAAUUACCUUAGUCACUUUGAUUUUGUAAUUCUCGUUACAUUAAUGAAUGUUGGUGACGAGAGUGUACCAGAUGCAGCUCUAGAAGCUAUUUACGAAUACGAAAGUAGUUAUGAAGAAUCUACAAUACAGUUUAUCAGAAAAUAUUCGUUUGAUAUAUCCGGUAAUAUGACGAUUCUUCUAACAAAUUGUCCUCACGUUUCCGAAGGAAUAAGGGAAAUUAUGCAUUCGCAAUUUAUCCUG